AUCGACACAACAGUUAUCGACAAUACAGAUUACUUCAAACUGGGAAGUAGUUUACUAUUUACUAGAAACAUCGAAUCGGACAUUGGUCAUACUGAAAAUGUCGGAAAAAAAUGAGAAAAAUAUAUCAGAAAAUGCCAAUGAAGUAGAUGGAAAUAUUGAUGGUAUAAUUCAAACUAAAAGUUCCAAGAAACGCAACAAAAAUAAAAAAAGACAAAAUGAAGUUGAGGAAGAGAUUAAGGAUAACAACGGCGAGGUUGUUCAGAUCGAAAAUGGAAUGGUGUCCAAUUUAACAACACCUCUUAAUACCAUAUCUAUUAAAGAAUUGAAGGCUGCGAUGGAAGUGUUCUCUUUGUCUCAGAAACCAGCAAAGACUUCUGAAGAUGCUUUGAAGAAAUCCUAUCAGUUCUGGAAUACACAACCUGUGCCUAAAAUGGAUGAAAAAAUAACAGUAAAUGAAGCCAUAGAACCAGAUAAAGAGUUAUCAGAAAUAAGAUCGGAACCCUAUACUUUACCAGAGGGAUUUAUGUGGGAUACCCUUAAUCUAGAUGAACCACUUGUACUGAAGGAAUUAUAUACAUUAUUGAAUGAAAAUUAUGUUGAAGAUGAUGAUUGUAUGUUCAGAUUUGAUUAUCAACCUGAAUUUUUGAAAUGGGCUCUUCAACCUCCUGGAUGGAAAAAGGAUUGGCAUUGCGGUGUGAGAGUAGUUAAAAGUGGAAGAUUGGUAGGAUUCAUAUCUGCUAUUCCAGCAACACUCAAUAUUUAUCAGAAGACCCAGCAAAUGGUUGAAAUCAAUUUUUUAUGUGUACACAAGAAACUUCGUUCUAAGCGAGUAGCUCCCGUAUUGAUAAGAGAAAUAACACGAAGGGUACACCUGACUGGUUUAUUUCAAGCUGUUUAUACUGCAGGUAUUGUGCUGCCCAAGCCGGUUAGUACUUGUACGUACUGGCAUAGGUCCCUGAAUCCCAAAAAGUUGAUAGAAGUGAAAUUUUCACAUCUCUCAAGAAAUAUGACCAUGCAAAGGACAUUAAAACUGUACAAAUUGCCAGAUAAACCUAAAACUCCUGGGUUUAGGAAAAUGACCGCAGCAGAUGUACCAAAAGCUCAUAAGCUGCUUGUAGAGUAUUUAGCUCGUUUUGAUUUAGCACCACUUUUCAAUGAAGAGGACUUCAUACAUUGGUUCAUGCCAAGGCCCAACAUAGUGGAUAGCUUUGUCGUCGAAGCAGAUGGUGAAAUAACUGAUUUUGUUAGUUACUACUCUCUUCCAUCGUCAGUGAUGCACCAUCCAGUGCACAAAAACCUCAAAGCAGCAUACUCCUUCUAUAAUGUGUCCAAGGGAACUCCUUGGGUUCCCUUAAUGACAGAUGCUCUGAUAUCUGCUAGACAAUUAAACUACGAUGUUUUCAAUGCUCUGGAUUUAAUGGAUAACUCUGAAUUUUUGUUACAACUCAAGUUUGGCAUAGGUGAUGGUAAAUUACAGUACUAUUUGUAUAAUUGGAAAUGCCCCAGUAUGAUGCCUUGCAAUGUUGGUUUAGUUUUACAAUAGUGAGAAAUCAAAUAUAAAAAAAUUAUUUGUGGAAAACUAGACUUAUUAUUUAACGUUUUGUUUCUGAACACCAAAAUUUAUAUUCAAGCCGUUUUUAAAAAAAUGUAUGGUAAAAUGCUUAUUCUUAGAUAGAUAAUAAAUUUCCAGAGUGAAGUGACUGAAUCAAAUGCAUUGGCUUCAAAAACUUUGGUAUUGGGUUGUCUAGGUACUAGUCAAAACACAAAUUUUGAAUGAAAAAAUCAAUUCAAAUAUCAUUUGAAUUUAUAAUGAUUCCUUGUGAUCCUCUCAAAUCAUAUUCAAAUAUGUUCUGAUUAUUGUUUUCAUAUAUAUUGUGAGCAUUACAAUACUGAAGUUUUGUCAAUUUGCUAAGAGUUUCAUUGGGAAUAAAUGUAUUCUGACAACAAAUAUCUUGUUUCAGAUUUAUCCCAUAAACUGAAUGUUCAAUCGUUCUAAAUAAUCAAAUAUUAUUUUAGGGGUUUUAUUUGUUAUUUACUGUUACCCUACACAAUAGAUUUCAUAUUAAAUUUUUCUUUAAUAUU